AUGUGUCACGACAAUUAUUCGUGUACAUUUUUAUGUGUUGUUAUUAUUGUCAUAAUUUUUGAUUUUGUGGGACUCACUGCAAACCUGUUUAUUGCAGUUUUCAUUUGUAAGAAUUGGAUGAAAAGACAUAGAAUUGUUUCUUCCGACAAGAUCCUCUUCAGCUUGGGCAUUGCCCGGUUUCUUAUGAUGGGACUGUUUCUCUUGAACAUCUUCUGCCUCUCCAUCACUCCUGAUAUUCUCAGGUCAGUCAAUGCAUCUAUUUUCUUCUUGGUGUGCUGGAUACUUUUGGACUUCUGUAUUCUUUGUUUUGUGACAUUACUGAACACCUUGUACUGCGUGAAGAUUUCUAACUUCCAACACUCAGUGUUUCUCCUGCUGAAACAAAAUCUCUCCCCAAAGAUCCCUGGGCUGCUGGUGGCCUGUGUGCUGAUUUCUGCCCUUGUCACUCUUCCCUCUGUCGUGUUCAGACUGAUUUCACCCUCCCCAAUAGUUGUGGUUAGGAAAAAUGGCACAGAGUUAGACCUGAAAGAGGACAUUUUGUUUUUGCUGACCUCUUACGUCUUGAGCUCAUUUCUGCAGUUCAUCGUGAACGUGAUAUUGGCUUCCUUGCUAAUCCAUUCCUUGAGGAGACACAUACAGAAGAUGCAGAGAAAUGCUACCAAGUUUUGGAAUCCCCAGACGGAAGCUCAUGUGGGCGCCAUGAAGCUGAUGAUCUGUUUCCUGGUCCUCUACAUCCCUUACUCGAUUGUCACCCUGCUCCUUUAUUUACCCUCCUUUUUGGGGAUGACUAUGAAAAUGAGAAUCAUUUGCUCGGCAUUUACUAUCCUUUACCAUCCAGCACAUUCUGUUCUCAUUAUUCUCACACACCCUAACCUGAAAAGCCAAGCCAAGCAGAUUCUUUGUUUCAACAAACAGAAGUUCAGGGGUCAGUAG